AUGGCUACCGAUGAAAUGUCCGCCUCUCGCCUCGCCAUUCUCCAUGACCUAUUCAGCGACAGCAUCUCUGCACAGAAAGCCGCCGAGCACCUGGCUUCAAUCUCGCUGGCAAACGAAGAAGAACCAGAAGAAGGCAUCACCAGCCUCUGGAAACUGAUAAUCAAAUGUGCAUACGAAUUGCCACAACAACAUGACAAGAUUGUGGACGUCUUAGUCCAACUCUCGAAACUCCCAGAUGCGAAAACAUCGAGCGGAGAGCCCAUCCUGCUCUAUGAGAAGCAAGUCUGGAAAGACCUGCCAACCCUUGGCUGGCAAUUCCGCGAUGAAUGGAAUAAAAACGUUGAUGCCAGUCCACCGGACCGUCGACAGAGCACGAUUUCGCAAAUUAUCAACCGGGACAAAUUGGUCGCGCGCUUGAUGGCGACGAAGGAACCUGUUUUCGCUUACUCGUGGUUUGCACUGAUUACGCUGCGCGAGGCAUUGGAGACACCGACGGAGGAGCUAUCGCCUGAGAGUCUCGAAGCAUUGAUUCCUGCUGCGGCGGCGUGGAUCAGUAUUCUUGGGAAAGAGAUCUAUGAGUGGAAUGAGGAAUUUGAUGGUGCUUUGGGGAGGGGUGGCCCGCUUUGGGAAGGAAGACACGGGUUCUCCAAGGAGAGAUGGCAGCUUUGGAGAAAGAGAUUUGGGGAUAUGGCUAGAACUGAGCUUGCGAUCGGAGAUGAACUGAAGACAUCAGCCAGCGAGGCUGUGUCGAUGAUGCAGAAGAUUGAGAAUUGA